AUGGCGCAACCAAAUCCCAGCCACAGCGUCCCUCAGGACCUUAUGCCGCAUGUCCACCUCAUCUCGUCGUACCGAUACCCUGCGAUCCCCCGGCUCGACUUCAACGAGGUGGCCAAGUGGCUCAUGAAUGCGCCCCAGAUUGCCAGAGACCAGGCGCCCUUCUUCUGGACAUAUCUCGACAAGCCCGCCGACGGCACCAUUCUGCUGACAUGGCAGCCUCUCUCCAGGCUGGGGACCAAUUUCGCGACGGAUGGCUUCGUCUGGGCGCCGCCCGAGCAGAUUUACAAGCAUGACUUGGGCAAUGGAUUGAUGCUCGAGAUAUACUACCUCAAGGCGGGCUAUAUCCCCGGCGAACAAUUCACUCUCCACGCUCGACGACGAUUCCGACUUGUUCCCGUCGCGGGCCACCCCAACCCCCCGCAGCCAGACCCAAACCUGUUCAUUGUGCACUACGGCCCUGCCGAGAUGAACGAUCGCGUCCCUGUUGCCAUGAUCCCCUAUGACGAGAGGGUCAAUGCCAUCAUGCAACAGCGUCACUUCCUUCAGAGGGCGGGCCAGAUCCGCCGAAAGGAAUUCAUGCUGUCCGAUCGAGUCAACUGGCCCUCACUCCCGGAGCUCACUCGCCAGCAGAUGGGCCCCCAGAUGAACCCUCGCGGCGUGCCACAGCAGAUGGCAUAUCCCGCCCAGCCACCGCCGCCGGGCCCGCCUCCCAAGAGGGCUCGCCAUGGCCAGGCUCAGGCCCAGCAAGCAGUGCUUCCACCAGGAAUCCCCCCUGUCGACGCCGCCUUUGAUGACGAUGAGGAUAUCUCGAGGGGAGACAUGUUUGAUCAUUUGACGCCAAGGGAGAUUUCAAUGAGUCGAUACCAGCAAAAUCACGAGUGGAUGGAAGAAAUCCUGUCUUCUGCCUACAGAAUAAGUCAGAUCACACCGGCAGACCUCGGCUUGGGCCUCAAAGGCGAACUGGCAUCUCUAACAGAGGGCAUUUUUACUGCCCAGGGUGGCGAGGCAUACAGCCAGGCCCCUGAAAAGGCAUACAUUGGACGCUUGGAUCCUGGUCAGGCGGAUGAAUUCCGCAAGCGCGUCGACAAGUAUGUCAGCUCUACUCAAGCCGAGAUCCGGAAGAUGGAAGAAGAGCACCAAAAGACAAUGACUGCGUUGAGAGAGCACUCGCUGCUGAAAAUAAAGGAGAAAGAGUUGAGGAAUAUCGUGGACGGGCAUGGGUCACACGGCAAGCAUCAGUCCGAGGAUGAGCCCGUGGGCCGCCAUGUGUCGAAACACUCCAUCGAAGAAGUUGUGCAGCAGGUGGAGUCAUCGACGGGCCGCAAGAUAGUCAGCCUGCCGCUCUCCAAGCGCAUCCAGGAGGGGGGUUAUCAGGCUCCCGCUCCCGAGCCGCCGGCGCCAGGCUCAACCGCAGAACUUUCCCGGCAGCCAUCUCGAGCAGGUUCUCAGGCAAGCGGUGCAAUGAUGGGUGAAACUGACAUGGACAUGGGUGAUACAGCAUCUGGACUACUCGAUCAAAUGCACACCGGAUUCUCCUCCACAUCGACCCCGGUCAACAACUUCCCAACGCCUCAGCCCAAUCCCUCGGCCGGUCAGUCAGGCACAGCUACUCCAGCACAGGCCGCAAAUACCGCCUCACCGGCUCCCGCAGCCGCAGCCGCAGCCGCAGCACCUACAGCUGCUCCCCCACAGCCUUCGGGAGACGUAGAGAUGGGCGGAACUGAUACUACUGCCGAGAACGAGGUACGAACUACGCCCGACCAUGGCACUGGUAGUGGAGACUGGGUUGUGGUUCCCAAAGAUGACGACCAGGCAACGGCUAACGAUGCGGCUCAGACAACAACAACAACACAGCCUCCUGCUGAUGCUGCCGCCACGACUACCGCUCCCGCUUCUGCUCCCGCUCCCACGACUGGCGCAGAGGGCGACGAUGCCAAACCACAAACACCAGCGGCCGCAAAGGCGCCGUCAGCAGCGGCGACCCCUGCGGUGACAGAAGGGGGCUCUGUAUCCUUUGAUCAGAAUGACUUUAGCUCUCUAGGCGAUUUAGACACGGCGGGCGAUGCCCUCGCGGGCUACGAUGCCCCGGAGCUGGACGGCUCGGCAGGCGGGCUCGGCGACGACCUGGAUCUGCAGAUGGACAUGGAGGACUCGGCUUUUGGAGAUGCUUUUCACGGCGUUGACGCUUCUCAUACCCCGGGGGAUGGACAAAACCAGGAUGGCAUGUGA